CAUAUACUCUACUUGAGAUAUAUAUUUUUUAUAUACAAGUAUAAUUUACGACGCUAUCUUAUAUUUUAAUAAAAACCCAUAUAAAUCAACAACGUUCAACGCUAUAUAUCCAUUACCCAUUAUUAACUAUUUAAAAUGUCAAAUAUAUUUUCUUACAAUGGUGGGAGUGUUGUCGCCAUGGCAGGUAAAAAUUGCUGUGCUAUUGCCUCAGACUUACGUUUUGGUGUGCAAUUGCAUACCAUAUCUAUGGAUUUUCCAAAAAUUUAUGAAAUGGGGCCUAAUUUGUUUGUUGGAUUUUCAGGAUUAGCCACUGAUGCACAAACAAUUGUUUCAAGAUUAAAAUUUAGAUUGAAUUUAUACUCUAUUCGUGAAAAUAAAGAAAUGUCUCCAGAAUUAUUUGUUAAUGUUUUAGCAAAUUUAUUAUAUGAAAAAAGAUUUGGUUCAUAUUUCAUAGAACCAGUCAUUGCAGGUUUAAAUACAUUAACUAAAAAACCUAUUAUUGCUAAUAUGGAUAAUAUUGGAUGUUCAAUGAUAACACAUGAUUUUGUAUGUGGUGGAACAGCAAGUGAACAGUUAUAUGGUAUUUGUGAAACAUUUUGGGAACCUGAGAUGGAUCCUGACACAUUAUUUGAAGCUAUAUCUCAAUCAUUACUUAAUGCACAGGACAGAGAUGCAUCUUCAGGAUGGGGAGCACUAGUUUACCUUAUUGAACCAGAAAAGGUUACAAUCAGAAAGCUAAAAGGAAGGAUGGAUUAAAUAUAUUAGAAAAUUGUUAUAUUGACAAUAAAAUUACAGUUUAUAUUUGUUAAUAUAUAUUUUUAUUUGUUA